UGUAGGUAGCUCAUAAAAACAUGUCUACUGUCAGUUUGCCGUAAAAUACAUAACCGUUACGUUGCUAAUCCAAGUGUUUUAAUUCUAAAUUAAGCCUGAAUACAACAUUUGGCGACGAGAAGUACCUAACGCGUUAAAUUAAGUGAUAAACUAGUGUAUUCAUUGUUAAAUACGAUGGCGGCGAGCGCUAACGUGAUUUAUGGCGGCAAUCUCACCUUCGACCACAACGCGCAAGAAUGGAGGAUUUUUAAGGAGCGGUUUGAAGCGAUGUGUUUUGCUAAUGAUUUAACGGACACCACCGACAAAGCGGGCACAAAGCGGCGUUCUAUACUCCUUACGACGUUUGUGGAAGAAACUUACCGCGUUGCAAAAGAUUUGGUAUAUCCAAAAACGUUGAAUACCAUUGAAUAUUCUACCCUCCUUGAAAAGCUGGAUACUCAUUUCGAGUCACCCAGGUGUUCGUUUGCAGAACGAUACAAAUUUUAUAAAGCGGAGCAACGAGCCGGCGAGGAUUUGGGGGAGUGGGCAGCGCGAGUGCGUAGUUUGGCACAGUUCUGCGGGUUUACGACGGAGCUCGAUACCGCGUUACGGGAUCGUUUCGUUCUCGGGCUCGAGAACGCUAAAGAACGAGAGAAGCUGUUUGCGGAGAGCGUCGAUAAGCUGACUUUUAGUAAUGCGUUACAUCUGGCGCAGGCUACUCGCAGCGCCCGGCAGGGCCUGCAGGAAACCAGCUCGUCCAGGCAGGCGGCGGGAGUCGGCAGCGGCGAGGUGUUCGCGGUGCGCGCGGGCGCGGGGGGCGCCGCGCCGCCCCUAACAAACAAUAAUAGACUAGCCUGUGCCGUAUGCGGAUAUAAAAACCACACCAAGGACAAGUGCCGUUACAUUAAUUAUACGUGUAAAAAGUGCAACACUAAAGGACACCUAAGUAGGAUGUGUAAAACGAGUGUUAAAAAGUUGAACUUCAUUGCUGAGGAAACCGAUGACAUACAUGAAGAUCUCACAAUGUAAACAAUACGGCGGGCAGAGGAAAUGUAAUUUCAAAAAGGGGGAUAACGUUUUAGUAAAAUCGUUUUUUAAGAAUGGUACAAAGUAUACAUGGAAAAGAGGUACUAUUGAGAAUAAAAUUGGAUCCAGAAUGUUUAUUAUAAAAAUAACGGACCUGAAUGUAAAAGUAAAGAAACACGUCGAUCAAUUGCUGCAUUACAAAGGCGACUCCAACGAGUCAGAUAGCGACGUCCCGACUGUACACAUCGAGCACGACGACGACGUCGAGUUGGCACCGACCGACGUACCUCCGCCCCAAGAGCUCGCAGAGGGCGGCACCGACGUUCUAAAUCCUCGUGAGUCAUCUCCGGACAUGUCUUUCGAGAGUGUCGGUUCAUCGGUCAGCUCUCCACAGAGGCAGUCGGUGGAAGAGGAUACGUCAGAUUGUCCGUUGGAGGUCGUGGAGGCGGACGACAACGGCGUGGAGCCAGAUGCUCCGGCCGAAGGUCACGGCCCUGACAACAGGCGGCAACGGCCGAUAAGGAGUACCAGGAACAGGGACGUGAAUUAUAAAAUUUAAUAAACCCCCAAAUUGUAGGAAUAGAACUGCUGUGUGAAAUAAGCUGUAUAUAACUGUAAUGUUUUUUUUUGUUCAAGUACCUAUUUGAAACUUGUUUAUUUUAUUUUUUUCUUUCUGUUUAUGUAGUUCUACGUUGUUACUUAAAUCCUGUUAACCGAAACUGAACCACAUUAACGUUCAAUAGGGUUUAAAAUUGCAUAGGAUUGAGAAGUUAAACUAGCGUCAUAAUUUUUGGGGAGGGGUAAAGGAUACUGUUCUUGUAUAUUUGUUAACUUUUUAGUUUAUUGGAAACAUUAAUGUUGGUAACUUUAUUUUCAAAUGUAGGUAAAUGAAAUGUUACAUUGUUUGGUUAAAUAUUGGUGGAGGGAUUGUAGUAUUUUGGUAAUGUAGGUAGCUCAUAAAAACAUGUCUACUGUCAGUUUGCCGUAAAAUACAUAACCGUUACGUUGCUAAUCCAAGUGUUUUAAUUCU